GGGACACCGCGGGCCGGAAGACUCCGAGGAGUUAUUGAGGCCUCCCGGCUGCCACCCGCCUGGCAGGGUGGUUUGCACUCAGCUCCCUGCGCCGGGAUCCGGGCGCUGCGGACCAUGUCUCCGCCCCUGGCGCUCAGCCGGGACCGUGCUGGACACGAGGAUGAGGAUCGUUGGGAAGGACGGGGGGACCGCAAGGCCCGGAAGCCCCUAGUGGAGAAGAAGCGGCGCGCGCGGAUCAACGAGAGUCUGCAGGAGCUGCGGCGGCUGCUGGCCGGCACCGAGGUGCAGGCCAAGCUAGAGAACGCCGAAGUGCUGGAACUGACGGUUCGGCGCGUGCAGGGCGCGCUGCGGGGCCGGGCACGAGAGCGGGAGCAGCUGCAGGCGGAAGCAAGCGAGCGCUUCGCUGCUGGCUACAUCCAAUGCAUGCAUGAGGUGCACACGUUCGUGUCCACGUGCCAAGCCAUCGAUGCCACCGUCUCUGCUGAACUCCUGAACCACCUGCUAGAGUCCAUGCCACUACGGGAGGGUAGCAGCUUCCGGGAUCUGCUGGGGGACUCCCUAGCGGGGCUGCCUGGAGGCCCUGGGAGGAGCAGCUGGCCUCCUGGGUCCCCAUUGUCCAGUCCCCCAGGUCCCGGGGAUGACCUGUGUUCUGACCUAGAGGAGGUCCCAGAGGCUGAACUAAAUCAAGUGUCUGCUGAGGGGUCGGAAAUUGUACCUACAACCUUAGGCAGCCUGACAGCAGCUCGCUUGGCCCAGAGUGUGUGGAGGCCUUGGUGACCAAUAACACUAACCAGGGACCUGUGGAGGGUGGGCUACCCUCCUUAAGCCUACUCCCUCCCUGGGUAUCAGAUGAUGGUGGAGACAGCCCACUCUUUUAAUGGAUGGCUUGCAUGCCAAUCUUGAUGGCCAGCCCCUGCGGUCCCCUAGACCUGUUUCUUGAGGGAAUCAACUUCAUGGACCCUAUAGCUCUGGAUGGGGGGAGGGAGGCUACAGAAAGGAGGGAAACUCCUACAGAGUUGCCACGGCUCCCCCAUAUCCUUUCAGGCAUUCUGAGGGACUUAGGGCAGAAGUGGUCAAUCCUGAGGCUGAACAUUAAGUGUCCUGAGCAGGGACACCCAGGCCAUAAGUAGAAGUUCAGAUUUGCUGCUUCCGCCAGGAGACCAGGGGAGGCAGGCACAUUCCUCAGGGUCACUGAGAGCUGCUCCCUGUUUGUAAGACACUUCAGGGUAUGAAUUGGGUUGCCGUCAAAUGCUCCAGUUGCAUUAAAUAAAGAGCUUUGGAGUUA